AUGGCAAACAAGAUACUCAAACCCAUUUCCGAAUACUCACUAGUAUUCGGCGAGGAUGUCUCUACAGCCACCUUGCAGCGGGUUCCGCAUUUGAAGGAGCUUGCGUCGAAGUUGGAUAUUCCAUCGCCAAUGGGCAUGGGAAAGAUGGCUUCUCACCUGAUGAAGAUGGGUCCACAAAUGCUACACUGUAUGUAUGGAAACAUCGGACUUGCCCUGAUGCCAUUGCACCUCAUUGGUGUGGCUAUUAUUAUGGCAGUCAAGCUACUGCUCCUGAACCCUCCUGGUUUUGAAGGCCUUCAAGAUGCGGGCACAUUUGAAUGCAAGGCGCACAUUGUAGACACAGAUGAUGCUCGAAGUGGACUCCAGCGGGCCUACAGUACAGAAUGGCAGAUGAACAAGCGUCCAAAAGUUGGAUCUUGCUUUACUGCCAGCAGCAAUGGAAUGUGGUGGGAACGCAUUCAGAUGUCCCACUUUGUCAUCCUGCCUAUGUUGGCCAUGAUGUAUCAAUUCUCUAAGGACGACGAUUCUCUGUCUCGACCUUCCUCUGCGGGUCCCAAAUGCGAUGAAUGGAUAUGUGUGUAUCUUUCGAGAAGAUGA